UUGAGUUAAAUGGAAGAAACAGGGGGAAAAGAGUGUUGCGAGUGUUUCGAAGAGGCGGCGGCGAGGGUAACACACUGAGAACACUGAGGACAGUGUCAGGGGAUACUGAAGUGGCUUUCAGGGUCCAUGUCGCCAGUUGUUGCAUAGUCCUGAUUCAGUCUGAUUCACAAGUUGCACUAGAUCAUUCGUAAUUAUCAGCCCUUAGACCCUCACCUCCACCUGUCCUCUGAUUACGUGAAGAACAGAGUACAACCAAGUCAGAUGCGAACCAAGAGGACAACUUAUACAAGAGUACAGAUGAUUUUAACUUACGUUGGGAUAAGGAGUGAAGCUUGAAGCUUGAAGCUUGAAGUCCACUACAACAUGACUUGUACUUUGAGAAGUGUCGUCAACUGUGGCAUAGUUCUUGGCAUCCUCGACCUGCUACACGCUCUGGCAACCUCAGGUUUCUACGCCUAUCAACUGGCAUCCCACUACAACUGCCGGUGGAACCAUGGCAUCCGCUGGUGCCAAUACUACAUGUACGAAACAAAUCACAAUUUACGAGUCAACGUGGGUAUCGGUGAAGGUGUUGUGUGUCUCGUCUUCGCUUGCCUCCUGAUGGUCGGCUUGUGCAAGUACAACCCAGUGCUGACGUGGCUGUGGUUGUUUAAAGCCCUGGCCGUGGUGGUGGUAAACACGUACUUCCUGACGGGGUGGUUGCUGCAGAGAUCUCGCCACUACCACCAGUUCUGGGACAGACAUAACUACGACCAAGAUAAUAACUUCCUGUUGGCCAGCGCAUGUCUCACCGUCAUCGAGGUCUUCAUUAUGUUCGUCUUCUGCUGUGUUGCCGGCUCCUUCACCUACAAGAUUCGUAAACAAAGAGUUCCAACCAUGGAAACGGAUAUUUAACACAUCUCAGCUCAGUGGCCUUCACACUUGCCUAAUGGAUCUGUGCACUCUGGAAGACUGUCUCCUUCGCUAGAGGUCGGAGGAGGACACUCGUGUCCAGUGUUACUCGUGAUCUUUUCGAAGACACCUUUAGAAUCUCCUACUCCACAUAAACUUAGGAUGGAAAGUAAACAGAUGUAUUUAAGUGUUGUUCCUCAAACAGCUUGACCCAAAACUCUGGGCCUUAGGUAGGCCAAGAGAGUUUCCAUGUACCUUCGGGCUCCUCACUGCUUUACCAGUUAACCUUACAAAAA